AUGGAAAGUUCAGGCAGCCAAGAGAGAGCCAACAAAGGGGGUCGCCGGUCUGGCAAGAAGCCCCAACCUAUGAAGUUCAUGUUCAUCGACUCCUCGGAUCAUGGAGUGAAUGCCAAACCUGAUAAGGCCGUAAGGUCUUUCGUCAUGCACCAGGCGCGUCGAUCCAAGCCCUGGAGCACCCGCAUGAAGGCUUCGAAGAGUCCCCCCGCGGAUGAUGAGGAUAACGAGGCUCCCUACCAGGGGUUCGCACCUCACGAGACUCAGUCCGCUGGCGAGUCUUCGUUUCUGAACUUUGAAUAUUGGAGCUCUUCUGACACGAGGAGCCCCGAUGCAAGGAGUGCCCUGAGCCUCGUGUCGCCCGUCAGCUCAGGCAGAAACAGCAGAAACAGCAGCUUGAGUACCAAUAGCAGAAGAAGCAGUCGAGCACAUGUAGUAUCCCGCCCAAGGCAUCGUCGCGGUUGCGAUAAUCCGGAUUGUCGUGGAAUCGGAUGCCUUCCAUCACCGACAAUAUCGUCCCGCCAGGACGGAUUCGCUCUGGGGACGAUGGAUCCAUUUGACAGUCUACCUGUGCAGACCGAUCACAAGAUGAGCUCAUUGCUCGAGCACUUUGUAUCAAUCAUCUCUCCUCGGCUGGUUCCUGUGGAUUUGCACCAAUCAUCACUGGUGGCGAACGCUAAAUGGGUAGUUGACUCGCUGAAGAAUGCGACGAGCGCACCUUACAUCUAUGCGGUGAUAACAACCAGUGCGCUUCAGCUCCAAUCCAUGGGCGUGCUCGACAAUAGCGAUACGCUUCGGUACAAAAUACUGACCAUCGCCGCGAUCCACAAAUUGAUGAACGAUACUCGUGCACAGAUCAACGACGAUAACAUUGCCGCAGUCUUUAUGCUCCUAUGUCUGGAAGAAAGUCAGAUCAUUCCAGGUACCAUGAAUCCUGAUUACAGUGAUCACCAGCGAGCCUGGCACCGAAGAGGUCUGACGAACAUGAUCGACCAAAGAGGUGGACUUUCAAGCUUUUCUUCCAACAGAAACCUACAGAUUUUCCUUCUCAUGCAUAGUAUGGCACAUUCAAUCUCCACCUUCCAGCCUCCGUACGCCGUUUUGCUCGACGGAAACGGACGUCCACAAAGUUAUGACCUUCCUACCUUCCGACAACGUCCAUCAUCGGCUCGAGUGCUUCGUGCCUUCCGUGACCUCAAACUCGAUGACCUCCUUCAGACCAUCAUCGGCGAUAUUGUUGUCUUCACGGGGGAUCUGUCUGCCUGGUACGAGGAUAGCAAGUGCCCUGUUGACCCUUUGGAGCUUCAAAAGCACAGCUGUCUGCUUCAGUAUCGGUUGUUUACUUGGUACUCUGAAGCGCUUCCCUUAGGCGAAGAGCGCAAUCCCAUUGAUCAGAGUGUGUGCCUAGCAUUGAUCAUCUUCCUGGUCAAGACUUCCCAGCCAUUUGAUCCAUCGUACCGAGCCAUGAUAGUUACGACAGUCAAAAAAUUACGCGAGUCUUUGGCGCGAGAGACAAUCUUCCGCUGGGCCAAGAGCCAGGAACUGCUGCUGUGGACAUUGACUUUGGGAGAAAUGGCAGCCCAGGGAUCAAGCCAAGCAGGAUCGUUCUUCCACUACUGCCCACUGAUCUUUCCUGAUACUGGCCUUGACAACAAGCCGACUGCGCAAGAAUUGCUUGAUAGAAUGAAAAAAUGCCUCUGGGUACCAAUGCUCUUCGAUGACGAAGUCUCGAGGCUCUGGAUAAAGAUGGGCGUUGCGAAGGGUGCGCAAAUGGAUGGUGCCGAUGGAGCAGGCAUGCUGAGUCCACAAAUUGACAAAGACGAUGUCGUGGGCCUGAUGACGAACACAAGAUUUUUCUCGGAGAAACAAUCGACUUCGAGCCCUUCCUCAAACCCAUCGCCGCCAUCAAGCCAUACAAGCCCGCGGGCGCAAGAAAUUCACGACACUCAUCUUUUGUAG